AUGAAAGUUUAUAAUUUGCUAGGGUUGCUUGUAUUUUCUAUGGGACAGCUUGAAGAAAUAUCAGGUUUAUUUAGGAUAGACUUUAAGGUUUUAAGAGGUAAUGAUAAAAGAGAUAUAUCAUUCGAUGAAAGGCAGCAUGUCUCUAAGAGAGAUUCUACAGAGAUGGAAUUACGGAAUAGGCAAACAUUUUACUUGGCUAAUAUAAAAGUAGGAUCUAAUAACGACGAAAUGGGUGUUUUAAUUGAUACUGGGUCUUCAGAUUUAUGGGUUAUGGCUAAUAAUUUAAAGUGUGAAAUAUCCUCUCCUACCACCUCUCCUACCUCAACUUCUUCCUCAACGUCUUCCGGAUCCACCACUUCUACGGAGUUUGAAGCUGAUAUUCUAGAUGCUCAUAAUGAAAAGAGGGCCCUUCAUGGGGUUAAAUCGUUAGAGUGGAAUGAUAGUUUAGCUUUAUAUGCUGCAGAAUAUGCCAACUCUUCGUUCUCCUGUGAAAAUGUUGCAUUAAUUCAUUCAGGUGGACCAUAUGGUGAAAACUUGGCUGCUGGAUACCUGGGUGGUUAUGAUCCUGUCGAUGUUUGGUACGACGAAAUUGAAUUAUACAACUUUGGUAACCCUGGUUUCAACGAAACUACAGGACACUUUACUCAAGUAGUCUGGAAAUCUACUAGUCAAGUUGGUUGUGCCAGAGUCAUCUGUGACAAUGAGUGGGGCCAGUAUACAAUAUGUGAAUAUUCCAACACUAGAGGUAACAUCAUUGGCAUUAAUUCUCAGACAGGUAGAAGUUUCUUUUCCGAGAACGUCCUAGAACCUACAUCAAACUGA